AUGGCCCCACCAUAUGAACCGGCUGGAGGUGACCGUUUUAUUAGUUUCCAUUUUGAUGAUCAGCCGAGAAGUACCCUCGUCGCCGAUAAUCGUAUAUUACUGAAUUGUCAGUACACAGUUGAGAGAGCUAAUAUCAAAGACGUGCGCUUAGAGUGGAAAAAGGAUGGAUCAUCGCUCAAUGUCAAAUCGAGUAGUAGGAUGUCAGUUUUGUAUUGA